GGGGCGCUGUCCCCCUUCCACCAUCCCCACGACAUCUUCCAGGACCUUCGGCGCCAGCAGCAGCAGCACUUCCUCCAGUCAUACCAACAGCACCUGCACCCGAUGGACGACACGACCUCGGAGUCGUCCUACGACAGCGCCUCCGACUACCACCUGUACGAGGAGAUCCUGUACGAGGCCACCACGGCCUCGAAGCCUCCGCAGGCUGUCCCUCCGCCUCUGCCGGCUCGGCCUCCGCACCUCUUUCGCGGCGGCCAGCAGCCCCUGGACACGCACCCCCCGGCGCAGCCCCACAAGCAGCAGCAGGAGCAGCCGCGGCCUCAGCAGCCCUUGCCUCCCUCCUCCUCCUCCUCGCAGCGACCGCAGCAGCAGCAGCCCCAACAAGAAGUACAAACCCAGCAGAAGCAGGCGGCCAGUCACCCGGUGUCCCCGAAGCACGUAGACGGCCCGACGCAGCAGCCGUCGGCGCAGAGUCCCGGCGCCGCCAAGCCCGCGCCGCCCCCCAAGCCCCCGAAGCCAGCGCGGCCGGCGGGCCCGGCUGCCGCAGGGAAGCCGGUGCCGCCGCCGAAGCCCCCGUCGGCGGCGCUCCCCUCGCCCGCCAUCGCCGUCACGCCGCCGGCCCCCUCCGGCGCCUCGCAGCCGCAGGCCAAGGCCGCCAGCGGCAAGUCGCCCCCGCAGGCCGCGAAGGACAAGCCGGGGCAGAAGGAGCAGGAGCAGCAGAAGGGCGGCGAGGGCGCAGCCGCCCUCAAGCCUCCCACCAACAAGCCCAAGCAGAGGAGCAACCUGUACUCCAUCUUCCGCGACCGCGACCACCGCCGCUGCCUCUCGGCCUCCCUCCAGCAGGAGUACCACCAGCAGGACUAUCACGCGGACGCGCAGCCCCCGCACCCCGCCUCCGCCCCCGCCACGUGCGCCUCCCUGGCCGCGGCUGACGACGACUACGGCUUCAAGGUGGUGCCCCACGUGGUCUAAGCUGCCUCCGCCGCCGCUCCUCCUCCCGGCGGGUCAAGUCUCGAGACGCUUCUCAUGAUGUCCUGGGCGUCUCGCAAUCAAGUUCCUCCCCUGUCGAUCCCCCUCGUCAAUGAUGUGGAAGCGAGUGAUUAGAUCGGUGAUUCUAAGCCCUCUCGCGGUUGGCCAGGAGCGGCUUGCGUGCGUAGGACUCGCGCAAGUCCUCCUGGGGCCAACGCGCUCAUGUUCACUGCCUAGGACCUCUGGCCGUACAAGUGUCUCUACCAUGGUGAUUCCUAGUGACUUAGACUAGUACCUCACUUGUCUCCCAAUCAUUAAGGUGCUUACGAAUAAUGUUACUCAUGGAUUCCGAAAAGAAAAAAAAAA